UGUAUGCAAAGCAGUUUUGGUGUGUGUCCUCACACUGGCACUCUCGAUGGAAUCCUGCAACUAAACUAGUAGUCUGCGGGUCUCCCCCAAAAUGGAUGCAGCAUAACUCUCCUUCUCAGCCUGAUCCCGUCUGCUUCUCCGCAUUCUUUAGCCGGUAGAUCGUCUUAUUUAUACCCGAUUCCGUCCGCUUGUUGACGUGCUCUCAUUCUUGCGUCCUGUUUUCGUGGUCUGUGCAAGACCAGUUUGGUUUUUUAUUUCGGGUCUGCUCACUCGGUUGUCACUCAUUUCGCCAAACCAUGCAUCUCCCCUCGCUUUCCUUGUCCCUGACGGCCUUGGCCAUCGCCAGUCCUUCUGCCGCUUAUCCUCACUUUGGCUCCUCCCAGCCCGUCCUGCACAGUAAUUCCGACACCACUCAAUCGCGCGCAGAUGCCAUUAAGGCUGCCUUCUCGCACGCCUGGGAUGGCUACCUCCAAUACGCGUUUCCUCAUGACGAGCUGCAUCCCGUGUCGAAUGGCUAUGGCGACUCCCGGAAUGGCUGGGGUGCCUCGGCCGUGGAUGCACUCUCCACAGCAGUGAUCAUGCGCAAUGCCACCAUUGUCAAUCAGAUCCUGGACCACGUGGCCAAAAUUGAUUAUUCUAAGACAAACACCACCGUGAGCCUCUUCGAGACCACCAUCCGUUACCUGGGAGGCAUGCUGUCCGGAUAUGAUCUGCUGAAGGGGCCCGUGUCCGACCUGGUGCAAGACUCGUCGAAAAUCGACGUGCUCUUGACCCAAUCGAAGAACCUCGCCGAUGUGCUUAAGUUCGCCUUCGACACGCCUUCGGGGGUUCCGUACAACAACCUCAACAUCACCUCAGGGGGGAAUGAUGGAGCCAAGACCAAUGGUCUGGCUGUGACGGGUACACUGGCGCUGGAAUGGACGCGCCUGUCGGAUCUUACGGGUGACACCACGUAUGCCGACCUGAGCCAGAAGGCCGAGUCGUACCUCCUCAACCCGCAGCCCAAGUCUGCGGAGCCGUUCCCCGGCUUGGUUGGAAGCAACAUCAAUAUCAGCAAUGGACAGUUCACGGAUGCGCAGGUGAGCUGGAAUGGUGGCGAUGACUCCUACUACGAGUACCUGAUCAAGAUGUACGUGUACGACCCCAAGCGGUUCGGUCUCUACAAGGACCGCUGGGUGGCCGCGGCGCAAUCGACGAUGCAGCAUCUGGCGUCGCACCCCUCGUCCCGCCCGGACCUGACCUUCCUGGCAUCCUACAACAAUGGAACUUUGGGAUUGAGCUCGCAACACUUGACCUGCUUCGACGGAGGUAGCUUCUUGCUGGGAGGCACCGUACUGAACCGGACGGACUUCAUUAAUUUCGGUCUGGACCUGGUGAGCGGGUGUCAUGAUACGUACAACUCGACGUUGACGGGAAUUGGUCCGGAGUCGUUCAGCUGGGAUACCAGCGACAUUCCCUCGAGCCAGCAGUCGCUCUACGAGAAAGCCGGAUUUUACAUUACUAGUGGCGCGUACAUUCUGCGCCCGGAAGUGAUUGAAAGCUUCUACUAUGCCUGGAGAGUUACCGGGCAGGAAACAUACCGGGAUUGGAUCUGGAGCGCAUUCAGCGCCGUCAACGACUACUGCCGCACCAGCUCCGGUUUUUCAGGUCUGACAGACGUGAACGCGGCCAACGGCGGCAGUCGGUACGACAACCAGGAGAGUUUCCUGUUUGCCGAGGUGAUGAAGUACUCGUACAUGGCGUUUGCGGAAGAUGCGGCCUGGCAAGUGCAGCCCGGCAGCGGGAACCAAUUUGUGUUCAACACCGAGGCACAUCCAGUGCGGGUGAGUAGUACAUAAAUGGGUAGACAUUGUUAGAGAUGUGUAUGGUAUCAAUAGAGACAUGGCAUUCAGCAGAAUACUAUCUGCCUUGUUCUAAUAAUACUCUAGACAAGAAACCCCCGCAAACUCGCUCAUACUCUCUCCC